UUCAGCUAAACAAAACAUCUAUACUAAAUGACAACGUUCCUCAACAUUUUAUUAUGUAUUUUACUCACGGUAAGCCAAUCUAAACUUGUUUAAUCGAAACUGGCGAAGCGUUCGACUGCUGCUGGAAUCUCUUUUCCCUCUGUGGGCCAGUAACAUGGCAAUAAAGUCCAGGCGCCAAGCACCCCAGUUGCUAAGUAACGCUAUUAAACAAGAGGAACCUUGACUUUGUGUUUGGUGUAGCAGAGGCUGAGGAAAUGUUGGUAUAUACAACGGCGAAAUCCUGACCUUUCCACUCAACUUUGCCACAUUUUGUGCAAGGAUUACGUACUGUUUGUACACUUUCGACAUGCUGAAGUGGAAAUGUAAUUAUUUUGGAGUAAUUACUGGUUUGUGACAAUAUGAAUACAGCGUUGGUUCUACAGGGGUGAACGGCCAGUUCACAAGAACUAAAGCCGAUGGAAUGUUUCUAAAUCUUAAGACCAGCUCAUCGUGUGAAUAAUGCCAAGUCACAUGGAAACAAGACAAAAUAGGUACCAUGCCUAAAAAGAAAGGCGGAGGGACUAAGGUCACCCUUAAGGCGGCAAAAAAGGCAGUACAGAAGACACCAGAGGGACUGCGCAGACUCACCUACAGCAAAUUAAGAAUGGCCACAUUUCCAGUGUGUCUUGUCAAACUGCCCAACCUGCAUGAGUUACACCUCUGCCGCAACCUGAUGAAGGAACUCCCAGAAAACCUUGGGAACCUAUCUUCACUCAAAUGGUUAGAUCUUCACACUAACAAACUGGAGUCUGUGCCAGAGUCAAUUGGCAAACUAGUGGCACUGACCCACCUCAACCUCUCUAACAACUGUCUAACCUCAGCAGGUUUACCCUCCACACUAGGUUCCCUCAGUAAGUUGAAGACCCUCAAUCUGGGGCUGAACAAGCUGGACAGCCUUCCGCCCUCCAUGGAGGCUCUAGAGAGUCUUGAAGAAUUAAGUCUGUUUGACAACCUCUUCACCACCAUACCAGAGUUUAUUGAUGCCCUACCAAAUCUCACUAAAUUGAACACAAAAAGGAAUCCUCUAUCAUGUGUCCAGGACAUAAAAAAAUCUGAAGCAGGGGAAAGCAGCCUGUGUUUGAGUGAUGAGCACAAAGAAGGAGAAAGUGUUGGUGUUAAGUCUAAAGAGAGAUGCCUGAGAUAUGCUGGGCUGACGGUGCCAAACUCAGUAGCUAAACUCAAUCAGGAUGAGUGGAGAAUACGUAAAAAGUUUAAACAAGAGACAGUCAACUAAGCAAAAAAAAAACAAAACGCUGACAUCACAACUGCAGACCUAAAUAGCCUUAUAAAUACAGUAAAUUGAAAAAAUAUGUUCUAUUGAAAAGAAUAAGGAAACCAGAUGUAGAAGUGUGUUGUUCCAUGGAGAGUGUAGGCUGCACAAUAAUGCACUUGACAAGUGUCUAAAGCUAAAAGCUGAUUGGUCAGUGACUUGGAAUCCCGCUUAAAGAUUCAGCUUGAUUAUUUUGUAAAUUUUGGUUUACAAAUAACAGUUUAAGAAUUAUUUUGCCUACAUGUUAUGGUUUCAGGGUUCUGCGUGGAAGGAGUGUUGAUUUCCCACAUUGAUCUACAUUUGACACUGGCUUGAUGUAACUAUAGCUGAGGGACUUGACUGAGAUAUUAUAUAAUAUAUAAUUAUAUAAGUGUCAACUGAUGAAAUACGUCCUAAAGCACGUCACACUUCAGAUAGACAUUGUGCCAAAGCUGGAGAGUACUGAGGUCCAGUCUACUACACCAGCGUGGUCCACAUUAUUGGGUUUUGCUGCAUACGUACAACUCAAUAAAUGUCAGGGACUAAUUGCACUGGGGGCUUCAGAGCCACGGUCAUCCAAGACAGGUUCAAACUCAUCCAGAUUGUAGGGGAGCUUAUUCUUAUAAUUAUAUGUAAAUAAAAUGUCAAACUGACUAUUACAUUUGAAUAAAUUAAGUAAAAAAAAUAGUUAGGUGUGAAGAUUAAG